AGGCCUCGGCGGCUCGAGGGGGCCUUGGUCGAUGGCACACAGCACACUCCAGCGGCGCGGGUCGCCGGCGAUGGGCUCCGCCGGGGCGGCGCGCGAAGAGGUCUCCGUCGCCGCAGCAUGGGAGAGAAGUCGAAGACCUUCGGCCGCGGCACCCUGGUCGUCCUCGCCGCCCUGGCGCUCGCGGCCAUCUCCGUCUUCGCGUCGCAGAACAACAUCGAGAGGGCCACCGCCUCGGGCAAGGAGGGCGACACCAGCGACGACGCCCUCGGCCGCCUGAUCGGCCGGAUCUCCCAGCUGGACAGGCAGGCGGAGGCGUGGGUGGGCCGCACGGGCAACGGCGUCGAGCCCGCGGCACCGGGCUCGGGCGGCAGCCCCGACGACGAGGGGACGCUCCAAAGCAACCUGUUCAAGCAGCGCGAGACAGAGGUCAGACAGUCGCUCUGGAACGCGACGUACGAGUGGAAGUUCUCGAAGGGGGAGUUCGAGAGGCUCGACCUCUUCAUCAAGAGGAGCCUGUCCCAGGUUCCGAAAGCCAAGAAGCUGCCCACGUACUACAACUGGAGCUAUCCAGCUUGGUGCCGAUGCCCUUCCCGUCGAACUCGAAGCCGCUGCUGCUCUUCCACGUCCCGAAGUGCGCCGGCAGCACGCUGGAGAAGCACUUCUUCCAGGUUGCGCUGUCGAUCGGGGUCUCCUUCGUGAAGCCGUGCCCGUACACUGGAAGGC